AUGGCGUUCUGGUGCAGAGAACGCCUAAACCGGCUCCGGCCAAGCCCCGCCCAGUCGGGUUUAGCGCCAUCUCGCCGCUUUUCACGUCAAUAUGUAGACGCGGUCACCGGUGGCGGCGACACACGGCUCUUUGCACGCGAUGUCCUAAGCAUCGUAAUCCAGGGUCCAACUCGCCCACAAAUGACCGUGGUGGACUUGCCCGGUUUCAUCCAGGCCAACACCAAAGGCAUCAACACCCCAGAUCGCCAGAUGGUCGAGGAGAUCACUGAACGCUACAUUGGUCAACCGCGCACCAUCUGUCUGGCCGUCAUCGCCGCCAAGCCCGACUAUAUCAAGUAA